GGCUAAAUGAACUUGCCAAAAAAGAAAAGAGUAAAUAUUUUAUCAAUCCAAAAUAAACUUAGAUUAUACGUAGAUUUUUCAACACGAAAUACAUAUAUAAAAAUAACGAUUUAAAAUCUCCGUGUUUCGCCGGUGUAUACAUCUUUAAUAAAAAAAAAUGACCUGGAAAUUCAUAUUUGUACAUAGAGAUGUAUAUUUAAUAUACAUAAAUGCAUUUCAACAUAGUACCUACAACGUUCUCGUAAGAACACAACUCAUAACAAAUGGUUUCUAAUUAUAGAGGACUAAAUAUAAGUAUAUAUGUAUAUACUUAUAUUAUAAAUUAUAUUUGGUGCAUAUCGUAAACCAGCUGUGUUAAAAUUUUCUUAGCUUACACAAGAUAUAUAUUUUAAAAAUGAAGAGUUUCUUUAUUUCAAUAUUCAUCUAUAUUAUUGCAAUUUCACAAAUAACUAGAUGCAAAAAUUCGAAUUAUUAUACAAUGCAGAAAGGCGAAUAUUUAGCAGGAGAUAAUAAUAAAAACCUUGAUACAAAGAUCUCGAAUAUAUUUUACAAAUCUGGACAAGAUGCUGAAAUUGUCAAAAGUAAGCUGCAGAAUACGCUACGCAACUUUUUAGAAAAUUUACAAAAAAACUUAACAACUUCAAUAAUAUUAAACACACUCGAUAAUAAGUUAAGCUUUGAGCGGUCGCAGCAGAAAUGGCAGAAAUUAAAUGAUCACAUGGAUUUCUACAAAACAGCAUCCCGCGACUUAAAAGAAUUCUCAUUUAAAUCGGAAAUGUUUUUGCAAACCAGUAAAAAUGAAAGUGUUACUUUUUUAAUGAAACUCCGCAGAGUACCCACCGGUCAACAAAUGCUGCCACCUCAUGUUAAGUUGCAGUUAACAAAUUAUUUUGCUGAAAUGGAAUUUUUUAAUGUUGUAUUUUUCGAAAUACUUGACGAGGGAAUGGAAUACAUUAAUAAUGCUCUAUAUAUCAUUCGAACAACAUUUGAAAACUAUGCUGAUAUACAGCAAAAUAUUUUACGUGAUGAACAUUUUUUAUUUGAUAACUGGUGUUUUAAUAAGUAUUUUGAAUUUUUACAAAAGUGGUCAACACAGAUAUAUAAAUGUGCCACCGAAACAAGAUUACAAACUGUAUACAAUGUGUUUUCAAUGACAAAAAUUGCGGUUAAAUACCUCAUGCAACAACUAGAAUUUAAAAUGCAGCGUUUGUUUAAUUGUUUCAUUUGUAAAGAAUACAGUAUAAAGUGCAAUUUUUUACGUUUCCCGGAAAACGACUUCGAGAAAUUAUUUAAUAUUUUAAAAGAAUUACAAAUAUAUUAUGACAUAGAAAUAAAUCGCGGGAGGGUGGAAUCAAGAAGAAUAAAACGCAGUGAAAACAUUAUACAAUUAAGUGAAAAGAAAAAUGUAAAUGCAUCUAAAAAAAAUUGCUUACCAUUUGGUUUUCCAACAAACCAGAUGCGAAAUGACCUUAAGGUAUGCUUCAAUAUUCACUAGAUACUUCAAUUAUAAAAAUUAAUCAUAAACUUUAAAUAUUACAUAUUUUUAAUUAUCUACAAUUGUGAUUGAAUCACUACACCACUGCUGUAAAAAAUGUAGAAUUUAAUUUGAAUUAAAUUAAUAUAAAUUAUUAUUGUUUUUAAUAUAACGCUGCAUAUUGUAAACUAGAGGUCUAUGCAUGAUACACUUACGCAAUGUUGUAUAAAAACCAUAAUAAAAACCAUCUUUAUGUCACAACUUACUAUAUGAAAA